AAAGGGGCCAGGGAAGGGGUCGUGAGCCCCGACCUUGGGGCUCGGGACCAUUCUGGUGGAUGGGGCCUCUGCAGCGAAGAGAAACAGGCAGGGCUGGUGGCUGGUGGGGUGGUGUUUGUAGCGACUAGCCCCGUAUCUAAUGGCCAGUGUGAGGGACCUCCCACCAACCCGAUAGCUACAGGUCUGGCCAGAGAGCCCUUAAUCCCCAGCAGGCCUUGGCCAUGGGCUCUGAUGUCCGCCCAUCAGUGCGCCGCCCCCGCUCCUUGCCUCCCCAAAUGGCCCCCCAGCCAAGGCCAGAGCCGCCUGCCCGCCUGCUGGGCCCAGUGCUGCCUCAGCCGGUCCAGCAUGCUGGGCACCCUGAUCCUGCUUCUGGCCCUGCUCCCAGGGAUGACCACCUUGCCCAGCGAGCCAGCUGUGUCCCCGUUCCCCGCGGAGCCAGGGCCCAGGCUGCGCCGACCCCUUUUCAGUCUGGAGCUGUCGGACGCGGAGUACGCCUUCCCGCGCCGCGCGGGGCCGCUGGAGGUCCCGGCUGACAGUCGCGUGUUCGUGCAGGCGGCACUGGCCCGUCCCUCCCCGCGCUGGGGCAUGGUCCUGCACCGCUGCUCGGUGACACCAUCCUCACGCCCGACCCCGGGCCCCGCCCUGGCGCUGCUGCGCGGGGGCUGUUCCGCCGACUCCUCGGUCACCUUCCCGCCACCGCGGCCGCUCCCAGGUGCCGCUCGCCCCGCGCGCUUCAGCUUCCGCCUGCGCCCGGUCUUCAACGCCUCUGUGCAGUUCUUGCACUGCCAGCUGAGCCGCUGCCGCCGCCUCCGGGGAGCCCGCCAGACGCCUGCGCCUCUGACGCUGUCUCCGCCUCCCCCUCCUUCCCAGUGUCUGCCUCGGGAUGAGGCGUGCGCGGGCGCCGGCAGUGGCCGCGAUGAGAGUCGGGGUACCGACAGCCCUCACCUGCACACGCUGACGCAGCCCAUCGUGGUCACGGUGCCGCGGCUGCCCCCCAGGCCACCCAAGGGCGUCCCCGGCAGAGCCGUGCGACCCGAGCCUCCCGCGCCGGCCCCGGGGAUCCUGGAGCCCGCGCCGGUGGUAGCACUUGUGUUGGCCGCCUUCGUGCUGGGCGCCGCUCUGGCCGCCGGGCUCGGCCUCGUCUGCGCUCACUCAGCGCCCCCGCCCCCCGGCCCGCCCCCAAGAGCCUAG